ACGCACAGCACCACGGGCGAGGGUUUCAGGUGCUUUCGCCCCUCGUCCAAUCGAGCGGACGAGGCCUGAGCGAGCUGCGGACAGCAAAAUAUGCCGACUUUUCUGAAUGAACAGAAUUCCUCCGUCUACGCACCCACUUCCGGCGUUGUCCGUCUCGGAAACCACCACGACCCGAACUUCCACAAGCUGACAAGCCCCGGGGACGGUCUGCUCCCGAAGUCGCUGCCUGUGGCAAUUGAUUCUGCGAGCGAGAGCCUGGACGAUAAUUCCUCCUCACACUCCUCACAAAGCUCCGGCCCACGCUCGCGAAUGACGGCAGAUGGGCUGCAAUCGUCCGCCAUGACUCCUCUGCCCAACGGCAGGAUGAGUAGGGAGUCCAAUGGUACGACCACGGCUGGGCCCGAAGCGAAAUACCCAUCGUACACGCCUUGGCCCGAGAGGAACUUGUCCGACCGUCAAGACGUUGCUAAUGGCGUAGCCGCGACAUCCGACAGCCACCGCCAGAGCACAUCGGAAUCGUAUAUGAAGCGAGCCUCCGUAGAAUCGUCAUCCCAUGUUUCUAUGCACCAAUUCCCAUCCGACUCGCAGCGCAGGUCCUUAACCAGCAGCGCCCUGAUAGGCGGAGAUACUACCCCUAAUCCCUCUCUGCCCAGCCCUUACUCGAGUCCGCCGACGCCUGGCUUCAACCACGAUCAGCACAAGUUGCCCGGCCCCCAGAGAUUCUCUUCUCCUCCGCAUUAUCCGCCAGCUGGGCCGGGCACCUCUGCGUCGGCCUCGGCACUGCAGGCGACGUCUGGACUCAAGCAUAGGCACACCCUGGAAGUGCCCAGACCUUCACCGGCCCGAGGCUCCAAGGACGCCAAUGACGCGGCCUUCGCUACCGGCAGGUUCUCCCCCACGGGAGCUGGGGCGGGUCAACGCCGUGGAUCUCUGAGCCUAGGGAGACGGAACACGCGCUCUAUGCAAUCCGACGUGCCUCGCGACGAAGCAGUGCCCGACGAAGAUGCGCUUAGGUGGACAGAGGCAUACCGACAGAAGCUUGCCAAGAAGAAGAAGCGGGAGGAGGAGGAUGACGAUAAGGUCCUGGUCGGAACCAAGGUCGACGAGAACCACGCGAACUGGACGACGGCAUACAACAUGUUGACGGGCAUUCGGGUAUCUGUUUCUCGCACGAAUGCCAAACUCGACCGUCCCCUGACCGAUGCCGACUUCGAAACUAAGCAGAAAUCGACGUUUGACAUCGCGGGCAACGAGCUCGUCCCUUCGGCGAAAUAUGACUUCAAAUUCAAAGAUUAUGCGCCUUGGGUAUUCCGGCAUCUCCGUGCGCUCUUUAGGCUAGACCCUGCCGACUACCUCAUGUCGCUGACCGGCAAAUACAUCUUAUCAGAGCUUGGGUCUCCGGGCAAGAGCGGGAGCUUCUUCUACUUCUCCCGAGACUACAAGUAUAUCAUCAAAACCAUCCACCACGCCGAACACAAAUUCCUACGUAAGAUCCUAAAAGACUACUACGAGCACGUCACGGGCAAUCCGAACACACUGCUUUCGCAAUUCUACGGUCUCCACCGCGUCAAGAUGCCGUACGGCAAGAAGAUUCACUUCGUCGUCAUGAACAACCUCUUCCCCCCUCACCGAGACAUUCAUACCACGUUUGACUUGAAGGGUUCGACAGUAGGGCGAGAUUACGGCGAGGAAAACCUAGAGAAGAAUCCGCGGGCGACGUUGAAGGAUCUCAACUGGUUGCGACGCAAGAGACAUCUCGAAUUGGGACUUCAGAAGAAGCGGCUAUUUCUACAGCAGCUCGAGCGCGAUGUUCGGCUCUUGCAGAAAUUGAAGAUCAUGGACUACUCUCUGCUCAUUGGCAUUCACGAUCUGAGGAAGGGGAACGAGGAGAAUCUGCGAGAUAAGACCUUGCAGGUAUUCAAUCCGGGAGGGGACAGUCCAACAGACGACGAGUUCAACCCCAGCUCCGUCCUCAUGCGAACGCCGUCGAAGCUAGAGAAUGCGCGCAAGGCUAAGGAGCUCAGGCAAAUGAUCAAAGCUGAACGGCCCGUCCCUGUAGGCCAAACUAGUAGUCGGAUGCCGGACGAACUCGCUGCAGGUCAAAAUCGCGGCGGCUUAUUCUAUAGCGACGAUGGUGGCCUGCGUGCGACGCACGAGGACAACGGUCCUGGCGAGGAGGUCUACUACCUAGGAGUCAUCGACUGCUUGACACACUACGGAGUUAUCAAAAAAAUUGAGCAUUUUUGGAAGGGCCUAUCUAGUGAUCGAACUCAGAUCUCUGCUCUCCCUCCCGAGGAGUACGGCGAUCGGUUCAUCAAAUUCAUGUCUGGCAUUACCAUGUCGGAGGAAGAGGCGGCGAGGGAUGCUCUAGACCGCGAAGCUGCGACAGCGCUUGCGGCUGAAGCGGAUGCCGCCAAUCAAGAUGCCCAAGCAUCAGGACCCAGCGGCAUACCGCCUGUCCCGUCCUAUCUACCCCCGGCACCCCCAAGCAUAAGGAGCACGAACUCGCCAGAGCCGAAUCCGAUCUUGGAGAAGGGUGUUAAGAAGGCCACCAAGAAAGGGAAGGAAGUCGCAAAAGAGGAGCAAAUUCCGGAGCGGAAGAUAACAACUACCGUUUCGCCACCCAGCGGAUGGAACACCUCUCAUGCUGUCCUGCCGAUCGUCGAGGAGAUGGCCGAAGCCGGCUCGGUUGGCGGGCUAAGCCGAGGGGGGAGUGCUAACGAGGCUCGACCAUUCACGCCGAGACUAACCGGAAGGCAGGACGGAUUCACCGACUUGGGUCCCCACGGCAUCGGAGGUAAAGGCCCACCAACCCCACCGAAGAGCAGCUACCUAGAUGCCGACAGCAUCUACGAGGGAGGAAGGAGACGGAGUGGUAGCAGCACCGGAAGCGGGAGUGGGUUCAAAUUUUUAAGGCACAAGCUCAGCCGCGAGAGCUUCGACAAGGCUUUGCCCGCGCUGCCUCAGUAGCGAUUCACGAAUCUUCAGCAGCAUGCCGGGAAUAUCGGCGUUUCAUAGGAGAGGAACUAGGGUUCGUGGGAUUGCUGGCCAACUUUGAAAAUAUAAAAAAAUUGUUAAGUUUCGAAGAGCCGAAGCGAGAAUAAUAUACAUGUGAAGGAGGGGAGGGUAUAGGGUUAGA